AUGCCCAUCCAAACCCAUCCAAACCAGCUCGUUCUCCAGGUGGAUCUGGCAAACGCAUUCAACGCCAUUGAGCGAGCAGCUGCGUUCAAGGGGCGUCACACCUCUGGAGUGCCUGUUCCGCUUCACUCGGCUAUCCUACAGCCAACCGAGUGUUCUGGUCGUCAAUCACAGACUCGAAAAAGACCCGCUCUGGGUCGCCACACUGCUGCUAAGUUCGAGGCUUGGUGCUCGUGGCCGUUGGCGGCAGGCCGCCUACUUGCAAACUCCCCUCCUCCCUCCCCCACCCCUCAGUCCCCAGAAGUCUCCCAAGUCCUGCUGCUCACCCGGUGUGUCAGCAGAGAAGCUUCCUAUCUGCUAUGCCCCACACCCUGGGUUGCCUUUCGGUGGGGGACUGGUCCGCCAAUUGGGGAGCGUUUGCUCCAAACGGCGCUUGGCGCCUGCCACCUUCACGCCCUCAGAGGAACCAGGGCAGAGAAGGCCCACCCGAAUGGUCUCGCCACUCUGGAGGACAUGCUACCCUUCCCUUCAGCUGACCUCGCCAUUGCUCUUGCUUUCUUUCUCGCCAUCACUUCCCAACCCGCUCUCUUCUCCGCCACGGGUCCUGCUCCUUCAGGUGUGUCUCAGGUAGACCCACUCCCCUUGGUUGAGCCUGUCAAGGUUACUGGUGACUCUGGUGCUGCUCGGGGUGCUGCAUAUGGGGGUGCUGAGCCUGCGGUUGCGAAGCCUGAGCGUGCGGAGCCUAGAGGUGCUCAGCCUGCGAGUGCGGAGCCCGGGGUUGUUGAGCCUGGGCGUGUGGGGCUUGGGGGUGCUGAGCAUGCGGGGGUACUGCGUCUACACUAUAGGAGCCUCUCUCACCACAGCAACUGCGCAAGUGGUACACUCAGCGCACACACCUCCGGAGUGGCGCUGCUAGAGCUAGAGGCCCUGCAGCUGCUAGUUCUGGAGGUGCUAGAGGUACUACUCGUACUAGAGGUACUAGGGGUGCUGGAGCUACCAGUCCUAGAGGUCCUGCAGGUGCCUCGCCCCAGUGGUCUAGCCAGCGGGAGCCUCUCUCACCACAGCAGCUGCGCGAGUGGUACGCUUGGCGCACCCGCCUCCGGUGUCGCGCUGCUGGAGCUGGAGGCCCUGCCGCUGGAGGUGCUGGCGCUGGAGGCACUGGUGCUGCUGGUGCUGGAGGUGCUGGUGAUGCUGGCACUACUGGUCCCGGGGGUGCUCGUGCUGGAGGUGCUAGAGCUGCCGGAGCUCGUGGUGUUGUGGGCUCUAGAGCUGGAGGCACUGGAGCUGGAGGUACUGCAGGUGCUGGAGCUGCUGGUCCUGGAGUUGCUCGUACUGGAGGCGCUGGAGCUGCCGGAGCUGGUGGUGCUGCUGGUGCUGGAGGUGCUGGAGGCACUAGAGGUGCUGGAGCUGCUGGUUCUAGAGGUGCUCGUGCUGGGGGUUCUCGAGCUGCCGAAGCUAGUGGUGAUGUUGGUGCUGGAGGUGCUGGGGGUACUGGAGCUGCUGGAGCUGGUGGUGCUGCUGCUUCUGGAGGUGCUGGAGGUGCUAGAGCUGCUGGUCCCGGAGGUGCUCGUACUGGAGGUACUGGAGCUGUUGGAGCUGGUGGUGUUGCAGGUGCUGGAGCUGGAGACCCUGGAGCUGUUGGAGCUGGUGGUGUUGCAGGUGCUGGAUCUGGAGACCCUGGAGCUGGGGGUGCUGGCGCUUGGGAUGCUGGAGCUGUCAAUACUGGUGCUGGAGGCACAAUGCAUCGGCGACUGUUUUUCGUUCCGCCGUUGCCGUCAUCUCUGUCGCCACCUGGCUCGACACUUUCCUAGCGUCGUGAGCCUGCGUCUCAUCCUGCGUCGCCUGUUCGCGCUGUUCGCACUCGUAGGCGUCCUCCUCCUAUUCCUGGCACUCACACUAUGGCACUUCAUCCUUCCUCUAUUUCACUUUGAGUUCCCCUGCUGUCUCCUCCUGUGUCCUCUCUUCCUGACUUAG